UUUAAAUUAUUGAUUGAUUUUCUAAAUGAAAAUAAAAAAAAAAUCAAAAUAAAAAUAGCUUUUUUGCUUCAUUCAUAGUCUUGAAGACGAGGCCCAGUCAAAUUUUAUUACUCUCAAGCAUCACUUUCCCCAUUCUCUCUCUCUCUCUCUCUCUCUCUCUCUCUCUCUCUCUCUUCGAUCUUUUCACAGGUAUCAUCAGCAUGCCAUGAACAAGAGAACUUGCUCCUUCCUUUUUGCUCCCAAAUCAAAGCAAUGAACUUGUGGACCUGAUUCUUUCAACUUUAGAGCUGAAAAUAACUUGAGUUGGACUCUAUUGAUGGAAACCUUUACCACCAUGAGAAGCUGUUGAUCCUGAUUAUCACCCGAUGGCCUCAAAAACUCGCGCUAUGCCACCAUCUUUGGAUCAAAUCACCACAAAGCAUGUACUUGGAGAUGAUUUGGAAGCUAAACUAGCUUCCAAACUAUUGAUUACUCAAUCAGAAACUGCUAAGGUCCCGGAUGUUUCCAUGGAUCAAGAAAAGAAAGUAGCAGAGAAAGGAAGCGUAAAGAACAGCUCUGUUUCAGAUAAAGCAAGUGAUGGAAACAGCAGUUUGGGGAAGACAAGCGGGAGUGCUCUUGUGGAGAGUGGGAAGAGUAGUAUGUGCAGAGGAAGUACAAGCAGCAAUGUGAGUGAUGAGAGCAGUUGUAGUAGUUUCAGUAGCAGUAUCAACAAGCCACACAAAUCAAAUGAUAUGAGGUGGGAAGCCAUUCAAGUGGUGCGAGCAAGAGAUGGGGCUUUGGGUUUAACUCAUUUCAGAUUGUUGAAAAGAUUAGGAUGUGGUGAUAUUGGGAGUGUUUACUUGGCUGAGUUGACCGGGACUAAAGCGUAUUUUGCUAUGAAAGUUAUGGAUAAAGCCUCUUUAGCAAGUCGCAAGAAGCUUCUUCGAGCUCAAACAGAAAGAGAGAUUCUGCAAUCUUUGGAUCAUCCGUUUCUUCCUACUCUAUACACUCAUUUUGAGACUGAUAAGUUCUCAUGUUUGGUUAUGGAGUUUUGUCCUGGAGGAGACUUGCAUACCCUUAGGCAGAGACAACCUGGGAAACACUUCACCGAGCAAGCUGUCAAAUUUUAUGUAGCGGAAGUGCUAUUAGCCAUGGAAUAUCUCCACAUGCUCGGGAUCGUUUACCGAGACCUAAAACCCGAAAACGUCCUUGUGAGAGAAGACGGACACAUAAUGCUUUCUGAUUUUGACCUUUCCCUUCGGUGCACUGUGAGCCCCACUUUAGUAAAAUCCUCAUCUAUGGACAACGAGCCCCUCCGUAGGUCCACCGUAUACUGUGUCCAACCAUCUUGCAUCGAGCCAUCUUGUAUCCAACCCUCGUGCGUGGUCCCCACCUCUUGCUUCUCCCCUCGUUUCUUCUCAAGCAAAUCCAAAAAAGAAAGAAAAAACAAAAUCAAAAAUGAAAUAGGCAACCAAGUUAGCCCAUUACCCGAGCUCAUGGCGGAGCCCACUAGCGCCCGAUCCAUGUCAUUCGUGGGGACCCACGAGUAUUUAGCCCCGGAAAUUAUUAAAGGCGAAGGCCAUGGAAGCGCUGUAGAUUGGUGGACAUUUGGGAUCUUUUUGUAUGAGUUGUUGUUUGGUAGAACCCCGUUUAAAGGUUCGGGCAAUCGGGCAACUUUGUUUAACGUUGUCGGGCAGCCUCUGAGGUUUCCCGAAUCGCCCGUGGUCAGUUUUUCUGCCCGGGAUCUCAUCCGGGGGUUGCUUGUGAAAGAGCCUCAACAUCGUUUGGCGUACAAAAGAGGUGCUACAGAAAUCAAACAACACCCGUUCUUUGAAGGUGUUAACUGGGCUUUGAUCCGGUGUGCUACACCGCCGGAUGUACCAAAGCCGGUUGAGUUUGAACGGUUCUCGGCAACCGCUCCGGUUGCUUCCACAAGUGAAAAGACUAAUGUACCCCCGGUGGCUGCUCCUAACCAAAAAGGUGCAGGUGUGGGUGCGGGUGCGGGUUCGGAUAAUUACUUGGAGUUUGAUUUCUUCUAGUGAUGGGACUAAAUACCCCUAUGGAUUUUACAGUUUGUUUGUGUAUGGGUAUCGGUUGGGGUGGAUAAGGAUGGUUGUAUUUUUUUUUUUUUUUUUGGAUCGGUUACAUAUGACACUUUGUGAGUGGUAAUUGUUGUCUUGUUAUUGCAUUGCAUCUUGUCAUUGUGAAGUUAUAGGGAGUGAAUUCAUUAAGAUAAUGAUCCAUUUCCAUUAUUCCCAUAUAAUAUAUGAUGAACUACAACGUUAUCUAUUGCA